AUGCCCUACCAAGGCCGCUCCCUCUCGACGAUGACAAACAGCAGCUCGGUACCAACACCAACAACGACAUCCUCCUAUCCGUCUGCCUUCUUCCACGUCGCAGCGGACAUCCGCUAUUGUCACGAGGACCCGACCUUCGACACUGCCUCUAUAUGGACCCUGCUCCCCCUUCUGGCUUCGUUCAUCCCUCCAGAUCAUCCUUUCCAGCUCAGCCUGAUCAGUGCGAUCCAUCAUCUACGCGCAUCAGGCGGGCCGCCAGCGUCACCAGGUGCCCCUUCACGGAAUGGCACAGGCUGGAAGGAUCUCCCAUACCUGGACUUGGGCAUACGAGAGAGAUGGGAUAACGCUUACAUUGGCAACAUCCGCGGAUGUAGCCACUGA